CAUAAACCGGUUUGCGUCACGGCAUCGAGAUGGGAUACACAGCAUAUUCGAGAUGUAGAAAUAGAGAACAAUUCCGCCGAUGGGAUACAAGACUUUCCUGCCAUCAAACCUCGCCCUUUAACCUCAAAACCUACAGUUAUUAUAUAGCCUUCUAGGUUCUUAAGAAACUCGUCACUCUAUACAACAUCUUAUAAACCCAUUCUUACAUAAUCACACCCAACCACCACCAAAAUGCCUCUCUUCUCCAGCCGCAAACCCGAAGAGGAAGUCGUAGAAGAGCAGCCCGUGCCCGAGAAGAGACAUUCCCACAGCCUCUUCGGCUCCCGUCACCGCAGCCCCUCACCCCCAGCCAGCGCCCGCACCAGCAGCACAAAUGGUUCUCAGCACUCCGACGGAACCUCCCCCUCACGCCACCGCAGCGUCCUGCAACGCACCUUCGGCCACGGCAACAGCUCGAACCCCGACAUGGACCCCUCCAUAAUCCAAGCGCGCGAACACGUCAUGCAAGCCGAGACAGCAGAGCGCGACGCCGACCGGGCCCUAGAAUCAGCGCGCAUCCGCGUGCGCGAGGCCCGCGCCGAGGUCAAGAGACUAGAGCUCGAGGCCGCGGAGGAAGCCCGUCGCGCGAAGAUCAAGCAGUACCAUGCGCGCGAGGUGUCGAAGCGCGGGAAGCAGCUUGGCCGUCAUGAUGUUUGAGUUGCGAUGCUUGAAUUUGUUUGAAAGUAUGCGAUAUACCGGGGUUUGGUAAACCUCAGAUAUCUAUGAAGAUAUGAGUUUCCCUGCGGUUAUGUACGAUAUCCGUCAUGAGUCUUAUGUCUUGGAAGGAGAUGAGCGGUCGGGUUGGAAGCGAUACCUUUUUCUAUUCUUGUAUUACCACCAUGUGUUUGGGUUGGCGUAGCGAUGUUAGAUAAAUGUUAUCAUUUGACUAGUAACAGGAUUUUUUUGUACGUUGAUUCAAGAACCUCCUUUAGACCUC